AUGAACGAACUCUCAGCUGAUCCAUGCAAUGCUAAUCGUGAUGACCAAUUGAAAGUUGUUAUUUUUGAAUCGACAACAGAACGAGAACGUCAACUUUCUUCUACAGCAUUUGACGGUGACAUGGAGAGAUCCCCAACGCGCCAUAUGCCAACCCAACUUAUUCACCCUGCAAAUGGAUCCGAUUCAGAUAGCGACGAGCCUUUGCUUUCUGGUUCGGGGGAUGUUUGUCGCGAAUGUUCUGAGGACAGAUUGGCUGCGUGGAAUGAAAUGAUAGAUUUAUGGAAGCAAACGCCUGAACAAAGGCCUUAUGGUCUUAAUUCUCUGAUUCACGAUGGAAUACCCGAUGUUUUGCGUGGUGAAGUAUGGCUUCUUCUCGCACGCAUCGGACCAGUUCAAGCAGAUUUGGUGCAAGCUUAUCAAAUGUUGCUGGAAAAGGAGUGCCCAUCAGAAUCUAUCAUCCUUCGUGAUAUCCAUAGAACAUUCCCAGCACAUGAAUAUUUUACAGAAGAAAAUGAUAAGGGAGGACAAAAAGCGCUUUAUAGGAUUAGCAAAGCGAUGCCAGAAGAGCAAGCCUUUUGUGUGCUAGUCCGCAUAAUGUUCGAUUACGGAAUGCGUGAAUUAUUCAAAACUGGAUUUGAUGCACUCCAUUUAAGAUUUUACCAACUUCAAUGUUUGAUAAAGGUUUGCGUAUUUUAUUGA